AUGGUUCUUGCAGCCGUGGGGCAGUUCUGCGCGACAGCGAGCAUAACUUCCAAUCUUUCUCAAUGCCAGACGUUAGUCCGCAAAGCUGCAGCUGCAGGCGCCAAGGUAUUUCACAAUAUUCACUAUCUGGCCCUUAAUCUUUCCAGAGAUCCUCGCGGCAAGCUAACAUCUUUUCAGGUAUUGUUUCUACCCGAGGCCUCGGACUAUAUAGCCUCAUCGGCCGAAGAGUCGUUUUCUCUCGCACAAUCAAAUGACUGCAGGGACUUCGUCUCGGCUCUUAGAAAUUCAGCCAGGCAGGAAAAUAUGUACAUCAAUGUCGGUGUCCAUGACGUGGCUUCUAAGCAUCGACUCAAGAAUUGCUUAGUUUGGAUUGAUGAUAAGGGCGAAAUCACGCAGAACUACCAAAAAGUACAUCUAUUUGAUGCGGACAUCAAGGGCGGUCCUAUUCUGAAGGAGAGCACGAACGUCGAGCCAGGACAGAAGAUUCUCCCUCCAUUUGAAACACCUAUAGGGCGCGUUGGCUUGUCCAUUUGCUUUGAUUUACGAUUUCCUGAAAUGAGCCUGGCACUGAGACGCCAGAAUGCCGAAAUCAUUACAUAUCCCUCAGCAUUUACGGUCCCAACCGGUAAGGCUCACUGGGAGCCAUUGCUUCGAGCAAGGGCUAUCGAGACCCAAUCCUAUGUCAUAGCAGCUGCGCAGGCAGGUCCCCACAACGAGAAAAGACGGAGCUAUGGUCACUCGAUGAUCAUUAACCCAUGGGGAGAAGUGGUCGCGCAACUGGGCGACGAAUACCAAGAGCCACAGCUCGCCACCGCCGAUAUUGACCUUGAUCUUGUCUCGAAGAUACGGCGAGAAAUGCCUCUCCUCAGAAGGACGGAUCUCUACCCGGAGGUCUAG